AUGGAUCCGGUUCUUCCGAUUGCGGUGCUCUCAAUUCUGAUCGGCGCUGUCAUCGCUCUAGCCUUUUUUGGUAACUACUUCCGGAAACGGAGCUCCGAAAUUCAGUCCAUCUCCCAACCGGAGCUCCAAUCGGACCCCAAAAAGCAGCCCUCCAAGCCUCACCAGACCAAGAAGUCUCAUGCCAAACCUCACUCUCAUACCUCUGACAAGGAUCAAAAUAAGAAACAUCAUCCGUUGGACGUGAAUACUUUGAAAGGUCAUGGAGAUGCAGUCACUGGCCUUUGUUUCUCGUCGGACGGGCGGAGUUUGGCAACAGCUUGUGCGGAUGGAGUGCUCAGGGUAUUCAAGUUGGAUGAUGCUUCGAGUAAAAGUUUCAAGUUUCUGAGAAUUAAUUUGCCUGUUGGAGGUCAUCCUGUUGCAGUUUCAUUUUCUGAUGAUGGAUUAUCUUUAGUUGCGGCUUCUCAAAGUCUUUCCGGUUCUUCUUUGUACAUGUAUGGGGUGGAAAAACCCAAACCUUCUGAGGAAGUAAAGCAGCAGCCCAAGCUUCCCCUGCCUGAAAUCAAGUGGGAACAUCAUAAAGUUCACGAGAAAUUAGGUAUUCUCACCUUAUCUGGGACCACCGCAAGUUAUGGGAGUGCUGAUGGGAGUACAAUUGUUGCUUCAUGCUCAGAAGGAACUGACGUCAUACUUUGGCAUGGGAAAACCGGCAAGAUUUUGGGGCAUGUUGACACAAAUCAGUUGAAAAACACCAUGGCUGCUUUAUCACCAAAUGGGCGUUUCCUUGCUGCAGCAGCUUUUACUGCAGACGUGAAGGUGUGGGAGAUCGUAUAUUCAAAGGAUGGUUCAGUCAAGGAGGUCUCAAAAGCUAUGCAACUUAAAGGGCAUAAGAGUGCAGUAACUUGGUUAUGCUUUACUCCUAACUCAGAACAAAUUAUCACAGCAUCCAAAGAUGGUUCAAUAAGAAUUUGGAAUAUCAAUGUUCGAUAUCAUAUGGAUGAGGAUCCGAAAACUCUGAAGGUGUUUCCAAUUCCACUUGAUUUGGGUGGUGCAACUGUGCAGUAUGAUCGUCUUAGUUUAUCUCCUGAUGGAAAAAUAUUGGCAGCAACUCAUGGUACAACACUACAGUGGCUAUGUGUUGAAACUGGAAAGCUUUUGGACACAGCUGACAAAGCCCAUGAAGGUGACAUCACAUGCAUUGCAUGGUCACCCAAGACAAUUCCAAUGGGUGAUGAGAAAGUAUUGGUUUUGGCCACAUCAAGUAUCGAUAAGAAGGUAAAACUGUGGGCUGCUCCAUCUCUCCCUGCACCAUAA